AUGAAUUCUUCUCUCAAACUUGGAAGUGGUUCUACUUCUACCAGACAGAAUUAUGCAGGAAAACAUCCCUAUUUACAGAAUCACAUGCCUACCCAAGGUCCUGGGGGUGGUCUGCUUUCACAAAACCAGAGGACAGCAGUUCCUCAAGUAUCUUGGGUUAGUAGUGGUCAAGGUGUAACAGAUCUCCCAUUCCCAAAAAGGCUGGGAGUUGAGUUUAAUGGGAGAGAUAGCCCUCAAUCUGCUGAGAGACAAAUAAGCUUGCAGACAACUAGUGCAGGUCAAAGUCAAACACGUCAGUAUCCAGAUAAUGUUGUUCGACCUUCUAUUGCACCUGUCAGUUAUCCGAUGAAUCCUCAAGGUCCCCUUUUCAGUCAUGGCCAACCUCAAAUGGUUCAGCUUCCUAACAAUACUAGAGGACAAGCUCCUACAACUUUUGUUGAUGCUGCUUCUGUAACAGCCAAUCUUGCUCAUCCUUCCAUACCAAUCUACCAAUCACAAUCACAGACUCAACAACGUGUUCGUGCUCUUAUGAAUCCAUUUAUACCUUACACAUCAAAUUUUAGACCUCGUGUUCCUGUGACAGCUGCUCCUAGUCCUACAGUCUCUCAUAUUACAUGGAAAGAUCCUGAGACAAGUCCUCCUGAAUUGACAAAAUAUAAAUGCUUGCUAUGCAAGAGGGAUCUUUCAUUAACAUCAGAAGGUGCAGUAUACCAGCCUACAGCACCACCAGCAGUUGCUGUUCUUCCUUGUGGCCAUACUUUUCAUGAUCAAUGUUUGCAAAAAAUCACUCCUCAAGACCAAGCAAAAGAUCCGCCUUGCAUUCCUUGCGCCAUUGAUGAAAAUUAG